AUGGCGCUGCUUCUCGAAGAGCUGAAGCGUCGGGCGGGCGAGGGCAUCGAGGCGUCGUCGUCGGCGCUGGGCGAGCUGGGCCGGGCGAUCUGGAGCCGGCCGGAGCUGGCCUACGAGGAGCGGCAGGCCCACGCCGCCCUCACGCGCUUCUUCGCCGCCCGCCCGGCCUGGGCGGUGCAGCCGGCCUACAAGCUGGAGACGGCCUUCCGGGCGGACUGGGCCUGGGCCUGGCCCGGCGCCGAGCCCCCCGCCGCCCCCCUCCGCCUGGCCUUCCUGUGCGAGUACGACGCCCUGCCCGGCCUGGGCCACGCCUGCGGCCACAACCUCAUCGCCCAGGUGGGCGCCGCCGCCGCCCUGGGCCUCCAGGCCGCCCUCGAGGGCCUCGCCCCGCGCGGCCCCGCCGUCCAGGUUACUGUUCUAGGUACUCCAGCAGAAGAAGUGGGAGGAGGCAAAGUGCAGCUGAUUGAAACUGGUGCUUUUGACAACCUCGAUGUUGUGUUCAUGGCUCAUCCUUUUCAGAAAGAUAUGCCCUAUAUGCCUGCUUUGGCAAAUCAUCAUGUGAUUGUGAAGUAUUAUGGAAAAGCUUCUCAUGCUGCUGCAUAUCCUUGGGAAGGAAUAAAUGCUUUAGAUGCUGCUGUUCUUGCAUAUAACAAUCUGUCAGUAUUAAGACAGCAGAUGAAACCAGCUUGGAGAGUCCAUGGUGUUAUAAAACAAGGUGGUGAGAUAGCAAAUAUUAUACCCUCGUGUUCGGAGCUAGAAUUUUUUUUGCGUACCCCUCUGCUGAAGGACCUCCCUGUUCUGACAGAUAAAGCUGAAAGCUGCUUCAAAGCUGCCGCUCUGGCCACAGGUUGCAAAAUAGAGUUAAAAACUGCCUGCCCGGAUUAUUACAAUGUGCUUCCAAAUAAAAGCCUGCAGCAAACUUACAUGGAAAAUGGAAAGAGCCUGGGAAUGGAAUUUUUGGACCAAAUGUCUAGUUUUUCAGGAUCUACAGACUUUGGAAAUGUUUCUCAUGUUGUUCCUGGAAUUCAUGCUUAUUUUUAUAUUGGCUCAGAUGCUCUAAAUCACACUGAGCAGUUCACAGAGGCUGCAGGGUCCAAAGUAGCCCAACAGUAUGCCUUGCGUACAGCUAAAGCUUUGGCGAUGACUGCAGUAGAUGUUCUCUUUAGACCUGGCCUGCUGGAAAGAGUGAGAGAAGACUUCAGACAAGCCAAGCAAGAAGAGCAAGAGCACUACAGUGUAAAAGAGGAAGAUGUGCCCUUGGGAUAUUGAGAAGACUUGUC